AGGUAGGACCAGCCCCUCAGCAUCGUCUCGGGCUCCCCCACUCGGGGACCCCCCCUCCCAGCUCCCCAGCAUCUGCGGGCCCCAGGGAGGGGGAUCGAGCAGGUGCUGGAUACACACGGAGAACAGGGCAGACGGAGGCGCCGGAUCGGAAGACCAGGAGCCCCCAGCCCCAGGACACCAGAUGGAUGCACAAGUGGGCGGAGUUAAUGUUGAACGGGCGGAUCUUGGAAUUUCCUAACAUUCAAGUGGUUGGCUUUGCAACCUAAAUAAUGUACUUUUAAUGUAGUGUUUCAUAUGGAUCUUUUGCUGCAGGCUGCGCAGAAGGAGGCUGGAUGCUCCCGACAGGUCCCACGCAUGUUUAUUGAGAUUGGCAUCUGAGAGUGCAGGCCCUAGCUCGAAGUGCAGUUGCUCCUGAGAUAGACCAUGGCCACAGAACUGGGUACAAGUGCAGAUUUGGGUCUCCAGUUACAGAUGCCUUUAGAGCAGGGCGUGCAGCCCCCAGUAAAAAGGGAGGAACAAGACCCACCAGGCCCCGAGCCAGGGCAGGGAGUGGAGCAAGGAGAGAACCUUCCCUUUGUUGUCUGUUCUGGGACCAUCGGGGAAUUAUUGAGGUGGGCGGCUCCGCAACCGUCCAGGACUCAGAGGCAGGACGAGCCGCCCCAGCGCUGGGAAGUCCAGUGGCAGGAGGUGCUGCAGGCCCUAUGGACCCCUCCUGAAGUUGUGCCGGCCCCGGUGACACUACAGCUGCCUGAGCUGGCACCAGGGGACGAUAUUGAGGCCUAUCUGGCCAACUUCGAGCACGUGGCUAAUGCCUGCCAGUGGCCAAGAGGAGAGUGGGUAACGCGACUCGUGCCGGCACUCAGCGGAAAAGCCCGACAGGUCUACAGCAGCCUGGAGGCUAGAGACAGCAGAGACUAUGGGAAGGUGAAAGCUGCCAUCCUGCAAGGGGAGGACACCCGCCUGGAGACGCGGCGUCGAUGCUUCAGGCAGUUCCGCUACCAAGAGGCCGAGGGGCCCCGGGAGGCUUACAGCCGCCUCCGGGAGCUCUGCAAUCGCUGGCUGGAGCCGCAGAGCCGCACCAAGGAGCAGAUCCUGGAGCUGCUGAUCCUGGAGCAGUUCCUGACCAUCCUGCCGGAGGAAAUGCAGGGCUGGGUCUGGGAACGUGGCCCAGAGUCCAGCGCCCAAGCGGUGGCCCUGGCAGAGGGGUUCCAGCUGGGGCAGCCAGAGGCUGGAUUAUGGGAGCAGCAGGUCACGGUGCGUGUGAAGGUUGAGGAAGUGACUUCGGAGAAGAUGGCUUCCCCUGAGGCAUUAUGGGAUGCUCCCGGCUCCCAGCUAGAGCAGCUGCAGCCCCAUCACGAGUGUGUAUCCCAGGAGGAGGUGGGACGAGCUGAGACCCCAGGACACCAGUAUGAACCACUCUGUGUCCCCAAAGAGGAGCCCCCGAUCCACCGGGAAAUGGAUGAUAAGUCAGGCCCUCUGCCUCAUUCAGAGCACAUGAUGGAUGGUGAACACAGGAUGGAUUCAGCCUGUUACUUGUUCUCCAUGUCCACUGAAGGUGACAUGGUGCUGAACGCAAGUCCCCAGCUGGAGGUGCCAAGCGCAAGUCCCCAGCGGGAGGAGACAGAGAUGGCAGGGCCACGCAGGGUGCCCCUGGGAAGAUACAAAGGGAAGGCAUCACGGACUCAGCGCAGGGUGGGGAGGCAGCAUGGGAGCCCCGUUGGGAAAAGGGAGGUGGAACCAGCCCCUACCCUACCAGACUUGGGGAAGCCUGAACCCCAGCCCAGGCCUUUCAAAUGUGCUGAGUGUGGGAAAACCUUUUGCCGCAGCUCUGACCUGCUGAGACACAAACGGAUCCACCGAGGGGACCGGCCCCACCACUGCACUGAGUGCGGGAAAAGCUUUGUCCGGAACUCCCACCUCCUGAUCCACCAGGUGAUUCACCGUGGUGAACGCCCCUUCACAUGCAGCGAGUGUGGAAAGAGCUUUAGCCAGAGCUCCACCCUAACAAGACACCAGCAGAUCCACACUGGCGAGAAACCCCACCGCUGCCACCAGUGUGGCAAGAGCUUUGGGCGCAACUCCAACCUGACGCGGCACCAGAGGCUCCAUGCGGCCGAGCGGGUCUACCGGUGUGCGGGAUGCGGGGAGGCCUUCCGCAGCAGGGGGCUGCUCAUUUCUCAUCAGCGGUGCAGCAAGAAGGAGAGGCCAGAGGCUUGCAGAAAGCGCACAGCGCUGAGCUUUCUACAGCUGCAUCUUCACCGCCUCUGCAAGGAAAGCAAGGUGGAGUCUGUGACGUAUCCUGACUUUCUGGUUGAUACUGAGAGCAAUGGCCCCUUUCCACUGGAGGAUCCCAGCGAGGAGAGCUUCCCGCUGGCGCACUCGGCCGAGUUCUCGUGGAUGGAGCGAGGGGAGGAGCUAUGUGACGCCGAUUCAGAUGAGCGGGAGGAGCUGAGAGUUGUCCUGACAGAUGACGGGACCCUGAGUGAGGACGAGGAGGCUGACGAUGUGCAGGAGCAGGACGACGACGAUGGGGAGCCAGAAGGGCCAUUCUCAGCCCACUCCGAAGGGGACGAUUCCUGCGGGAGCUCUGAGAGGCCACAGGGUAGAUGGCGUGAUGCAGGUGCGGGUGAGCAGGCCUGCGAUGCAGAGGAUAAGCCGUUCCGGUGCUCCGAGUGUGGCAAGGGAUUUGCCCAGAGCUCCAACCUGAUCAAACACCAACGGGUCCACACCGGGGAGCGGCCCUACCGCUGCCACCAGUGUGGCAAAGCCUUCACCUGGAGCUCAUCGCUGCUGGAGCACCAGAAAUCUCAUGCUGGCGAAAAGCCCCACAGCUGUCCGGAGUGCGGGAAGAAGUUCAGCCGUGGCUCCACCCUGCUGGAGCACCAGCGCAUCCACACCGGCGAGAAGCCUUUCCGCUGCCACCAGUGCGGCGCCCGCUUCAGCCAGAGCUCCACACUGGUGCACCACCAGCGCACCCACACCGGGGAGCGGCCCUACCGCUGCGACGAGUGCGGGCGCAGCUUCGGCCGCAAGUCCACGCUGGUGACCCACCGCCGCACCCACACCGGCGAGAAGCCGUACCACUGCCUGGAGUGUGGACGCAGCUUUGUGGUCAGCUCGGACCUGGCCAAACACCAGCGCACGCACACCGGCGGCCAAGGCCCCUACCGCUGUGGGGAGUGCGGGGAGGGCUUUGGAUGGAGUGCCGCCCUGGCUGCCCAUCGGGCCAGCCAGCAUGGUGCAGAGAAGCCCUACCGAUGCUCUGAGUGCGGGGAGGCUUUCCACCAAAAUGCCACGCUGCUGGUGCACCAGCGCACCCACGCUGGCGACGAGGCCUUCACCUGCUCCGACUGUGGUGAGUGUUUCCUGGAGAGCGCCAAGCUGGCCCGGCACCGGCGCACCCGGCACAGCGCCGACGGGGAGGAGAAGCCUUUCAAGUGCUCCGAGUGCGGCAAGGGCUAUGCCCAGAGUGCCGGCCUGCGACACCACCAGCGAGAGCAACCCUUCCGCUGCCCGCAGUGCGGCCUGAGCUUCCUGUGGAGCUGCCGGCUGGCUGAGCACCGCCGCAGCUGCCGCAUGGCUGAGAAGCCAUACAAGUGCCCCGAGUGCGGCAAGAGUUUCGGCCAGAGCUCCAAGCUGCUGCGGCACCAGGUGACUCACACCGGCGAAAAACCCUACAAGUGUCCUGAGUGCGGCAAGAUCUUCAGCCAGAGCUCCAAUCUGGCGGAGCACCGGCGCACGCACGCCGGCCAGAAGCUCCACCGCUGCGGCAUCUGCGGCAAGAGCUUCGCCCUGGGCUCCUAUCUGGCCAAGCACCAGAUCACCCACACCGGGGAGCGGCCCUACCGCUGCACCGAGUGUGGCAAAGGCUUCCGGCAGAGCUCCAACUUGAUCCAGCACCAGCGCACCCACACCGGCGAGCGCCCCUACACCUGCCCCCAGUGUGGCAAAAGCUUCUGCCAGAACUCCCACCUCAUCAAGCACCGGCGCACCCACACCGGCGAGCGCCCCUACCGCUGCCCCCAGUGCGGCAAGAGCUUCCGCCAGAGCGCCAACCUGCUGGAGCACCAGAACACCCACACCGGCGAGCGUCCCUACCAGUGCGGCCAGUGUGGCAAGAGCUUUUGCUGGAGCUCAGCUUUCAGCAAACAUCAGAGGACUCAUCUCAGCUAGGGGAGCUGUGCUGGGACCUACCUGAGCUGGGGGCCCUGUAUUGGGACUCUGCGGGCCCACCUGAGCUGGGAUUCCCCCCGUACAGGGAUCACCAAGCCCCAUCUCCAGUUAUGGACCCCCAUAUGGGGAUCCCCAGGAGCCAGGGCAACACUGGGACCCCUCCCUGCUUCCCCCGUCUCCCCUCUGAGCUAGGGGACCCAAUAUGGAGACCACCAGGACACCCCAUGGACAUGCUGGAGAUCCCAGCCUAUCUUGCAUCAGGGUGGCCCUGGUUGAGCACUUCCAUCAGGGAAGCAGGAUCCAGUCAUGGCACAUGGAGGCAAACCAAGAUCAGGCUCUGUCAUGCCAGGUGCUGCACAGACACACAGUGAUUGAGAUCAAGGGCCAGUCGUGCCGGGCGCUGCACAGACACACAGUGACCGAGAUCAGGCCCCGUCAUGCCGGGCGCUGCACAGACACAUAGUGAUCGAGAUCAGGGGCCAGUUGUGCCAGGCGCUGCACAGACGCGCAGUGACUGAGAUCAAGGGCCACUUGUGCCGGGUGCUGCACAGACACGCAGUGAUUGAGAUCAGGGACCUGUCACACCCAGUGCUGCACAGACACGCAGUGACUGAGAUCAGGCCCGUCAUGCCGGGCACUGCACAGACACGCAGUGAUUGAGAUCAGGGACCUGUCACACCCAGUGCUGCACAGACACGCAGUGACUGAGAUCAAGGGCCACUUGUGCCGGGUGCUGCACAGACACGCAGUGAUUGAGAUCAGGGACCUGUCACACCCAGUGCUGCACAGACACGCAGUGACUGAGAUCAGGCCCGUCAUGCCGGGCACUGCACAGACACGCAGUGAUUGAGAUCAGGGACCUGUCACACCCAGUGCUGCACAGACGCACAGUGACUGAGAUCAGGCCCCGUCAUGCCGGGCGCUGCACAGACACGCAGUGACUGAGAUCAGGCCCUGUCACACCCGGUGCUGCACAGACACAGUCAACGACAGUCUCUGGUUUACGUCACUUACAUGUACUGCUUUCCAUUGCCUCCCCGUCCAAUGCAAGACUGACCGACCAGUGUAUUGGCACAGCCUUGUUCUGCAUAUCCCAAGUGGCUGAGAUUUCACUCUCUGUUGGGUGACCAUUGUACAACUCUCAUCUUUAACAAAUCUUUGGAACUAAACUCAUUUUGCUGACUCCUCUGGAGUUUUGUUAUUAAGAAGGAGGGGAAAAUGAGAGAUUUGUGCUUUGGAUCUAAUGACUAAGAAGACUGCUAAGUAAUUUUGUUAACCACAGGGUGAAAGGUGAGGUGCUGUUUUAAAUCAGAAAGGAGCUAAGGAGACAAGUAAUUGUGGGAAGAAGUGGACAGUUUCCACAAGCUUCAAACCCACGAUUGGCUCAGGAAGUCAGCAAAGCCCUAAUCACCAGGCUGCCAAAGACUGAGAGCCUCUUCCUCUAUUCAAAAUACUAUAGAGGGAAACUAGAGACUUUUAAGCUCUUCAAAUUCCUGAUCUUUGUGCCUAGCCUCCUUUUCUAGCUGGUCCCUCACCUGCACGUCCAUCUUUGUCCUUUUGCAAAACUGGGUUCCAGCCCUCCACCAAUUCCUCAGGACUCUUCCACACAGUAUGUUACUGGAUUGUGGAACUCUCUGCCACAGGAUGCUGCUGUCGCUGAGAACUUAGCCAGAUUCAAAGAGGGACUGGAUGUUUAUGUGGAUAACAAGACCUGUAUGAUAGUAAUUGAUAAAGAAGUGGGUUUGAAAGGGAUAUUAAACCUCAGGUUCCAAGGUUUAAGGUGAUCUCUAGCUAUUAAGAUUUAGGGUGAGACAAUCAUGUGGGUAGAUGAUCCCAAACAUGGUUCCUCUCACUUUCUUCUGCAGCAUCUGGUGCCAGAGAUAAGCCACUGGGCCAGAGGAAUCCCAGCUUCGAUACAGUCUGGCAGUCCCAGUUUUGAAAGCGCUCCCCUCACUAAUGUGCAGUUACAAUGAGAGCACCUAGGCAAGGCAAAAUAUUGUAGCGCAGACACAGGCAGGGAAUGAUAUUCGUUCCUCCUGCUCUCGGGCAGAUACGCAGACAACCUCACUAAGCAUGAGCCGCUUUCUGGGAAAAGCUGUUAUUUUCUAACUCGAUAAUCUAGGCAGCAUCUUUGUGAUUAGGCCUGGAGCCUGGCAGCCCGGACUCCUGGGUUCUCUCUGCAGCCCUUCCACUGACUUCCCCUCUCCAUGUCCAUCUGGGCUAGUGAGGAUUCAUCUAUGAGUAAAGAGCUUUUGAGUUCCUCGGCUAGAAAUCCCUACAUCAAUGCAGAGCGUGGUGGCGAAAGACUCUCUUUUAUGUACGUCUUUUGCAAGUGAUUUUACCAAAGCUGUUCAGGGCGAUCGCGGGAAUUACAGACCCGUGAGCCCUACUUCUCCAUAUCUGUUAAAUCUGGUUGAAACAAUACACAAAAAUAGAGUUACCAACCAGCUAGAAGAUAGUGAUAUAUGCUAGUGUCUAACCAGCACGGCCUCCCCCUAGGGAAACCCUGCCUCACUAACCUGCUAGAAUUCUUCGAGUGUGUCAAUAAAAUAGUGACUAAA